AUGGGAGGCCCACCUGCUCCAGAGGGUGGUGCUAGACGAAAACGCGGUGGGUUUCAAGAAGACGGUGUUCAACUGGGAGGCCCAGCUGCUCCAGAAGGCAGUGCGGAACGAGGAUGGGGUGGCUUUCUAGAAGACGGUGUUCGACUGGGAGGACCAGCUGCUCCAGAGGCCUAUGCUAGACGAAAUAGAGGUGGGUUUCAAGAAGACGGUGUUCGACUGGGAUGGCCAGCUGCUCCAGAAGGCGGUGCUGGACGAGGAGGCGGUGGCUUUCAAGAAGAUGGUGUUCGACUGGGAGGCCCAGCUGCUCCAGAGGGCGGUGCUGGACGAGGAGGCGGUGGAUAUCAAGAGGACGGUGUUCGACUGAGAAUCCCAGCUGCUCCAGAAGGCGGUGCUGGACGAGGAUGCGGAGGCUUUCAAGAAGUCGGUGUUCGAAUGGGAGGCCCACCUGCUCCAGAGGGUGGUGCUAGACGAAAACGCGGUGGGUUUCAAGAAGACGGUGUUCAACUGGGAGGCCCAGCUGCUCCAGAAGGCAGUGCGGAACGAGGAUGGGGUGGCUUUCUAGAAGACGGUGUUCGACUGGGAGGACCAGCUGCUCCAGAGGCCUAUGCUAGACGAAAUAGAGGUGGGUUUCAAGAAGACGGUGUUCGACUGGGAUGCCCAGCUGCUCCAGAAGGCAGUGCUGGACGAGGAGGCGGUGGAGUUCAAGAGGACGGUGUUCGACUGAGAAUCCCAGCUGCUCCAGAAGGCGGUGCUGGACGAGGAUGCGGAGGCUUUCAAGAAGUCGGUGUUCGAAUGGGAGGCCCACCUGCUCCAGAGGGUGGUGCUAGACGAAAACGCGGUGGGUUUCAAGAAGACGGUGUUCAACUGGGAGGCCCAGCUGCUCCAGAAGGCAGUGCGGAACGAGGAUGGGGUGGCUUUCUAGAAGACGGUGUUCGACUGGGAGGACCAGCUGCUCCAGAGGCCUAUGCUAGACGAAAUAGAGGUGGGUUUCAAGAAGACGGUGUUCGACUGGGAUGCCCAGCUGCUCCAGAAGGCGGUGCUGGACGAGGAGGCGGUGGCUUUCAAGAAGUCGGUGUUCGAUUGGGAGGCCCGCCUGCUCCAGAGGGUGGUGCUAGACGAAAACAGGGUAGGUUUCAAGAAGACGGUGUUCAACUGGGAGGUCCAGCUGCUCCAGAAGGCAGUGCGGAACGAGAAUGGGGUGGCUUUCUAGAAGUCGGUGUUCGAUUGGGAGGCCAAUCUGCUCCAGAGGGCGGUGCUAGACGAAAAGCCGGUGGCUUUCAAGAAGUCGGUGUUCGACUGGGAGGUCCAGCUGCUCCAGAGCCCUAUGCUAGACGAAAGGGUGGUGGCUUUCAAGAAGACGGUGUACGACUGGGAGGCCCAGCUGCUCCAGAGGGUGGUGCUAGACGACAGGCGGUGGUUUUCAAGAAGACGGUGUUCGACUGGGAGGCCCAGCUGCUCCAGAACGCAGUGCUGGACGAGGAGGCGGUGGAGUUCAAGAGGACGACGACAGGCGGUGGUUUUCAAGAAGACGGUGUUCGACUGGGAGGCCCAGCUGCUCCAGAAGGCAGUGCUGGACGAGGAGGCGGUGGAGUUCAAGAGGACGGUGUUCGACUGAGAAUCCCAGCUGCUCCAGAAGGCGGUGCUGGACGAGGAUGCGGAGGCUUUCAAGAAGUCGGUGUUCGAAUGGGAGGCCCACCUGCUCCAGAGGGUGGUGCUAGACGAAAACGCGGUGGGUUUCAAGAAGACGGUGUUCAACUGGGAGGCCCAGCUGCUCCAGAAGGCAGUGCGGAACGAGGAUGGGGUGGCUUUCUAGAAGACGGUGUUCGACUGGGAGGACCAGCUGCUCCAGAGGCCUAUGCUAGACGAAAUAGAGGUGGGUUUCAAGAAGACGGUGUUCGACUGGGAUGCCCAGCUGCUCCAGAAGGCGGUGCUGGACGAGGAGGCGGUGGCUUUCAAGAAGUCGGUGUUCGAUUGGGAGGCCCGCCUGCUCCAGAGGGUGGUGCUAGACGAAAACAGGGUAGGUUUCAAGAAGACGGUGUUCAACUGGGAGGUCCAGCUGCUCCAGAAGGCAGUGCGGAACGAGAAUGGGGUGGCUUUCUAGAAGUCGGUGUUCGAUUGGGAGGCCAAUCUGCUCCAGAGGGCGGUGCUAGACGAAAAGCCGGUGGCUUUCAAGAAGUCGGUGUUCGACUGGGAGGCCCAGCUGCUCCAGAGGCCUAUGCUAGACGAAAGGGUGGUGGCUUUCAAGAAGACGGUGUACGACUGGGAGGCCCAGCUGCUCCAGAGGGUGGUGCUAGACGACAGGCGGUGGUUUUCAAGAAGACGGUGUUCGACUGGGAGGCCCAGCUGCUCCAGAAGGCAGUGCUGGACGAGGAGGCGGUGGAGUUCAAGAGGACGGUGUUCGACAGAGAAUCCCAGCUGCUCCAGAAGGUGGUGCUGGACGAGGAUGCGGAGGCUUUCAAGAAGUCGGUGUUCGAUUGGGAGGCCCACCUGCUCCAGAGGGUGGUGCUAGACGAAAACGCGGUGGGUUUCAAGAAGACGGUGUUCAACUGGGAGGCCCAGCUGCUCCAGAAGGCAGUGCGGAACGAGGAUGGGGUGGCUUUCUAG